UUCAGCUCCACACUCCGCUCUCCAUAGGCAGAGAGAGAGAGAGAGAGAGAGAGAUUCCCUUCCGCUUAGUCUUCUUCAUCCUCCGCCAUUGAAGGUCUUCGGAGUUCGGAGCUCUGCGUCUCUCUCUGGUUCUCUCAUGGCAGGGAGCUGAGCGGUGAGCAGGAAGGAAGUUGAAGCUAUACCAUUUCCUCACUCACUGUUGCAUCGAGACAUGCGCUCCCCCAUGCUCUGCGCCUGAGGUGGUGAUUUAAAGGCGACCGGAGCUAGAUGAGAAGGGAUCCCGGAAGCAGCUCACUGCGACUCUGCGAGCUCUGCUGGGUUGCUGAGGCCUGACAAAGACGGAGACUUUCGAGGAUCAAUAAUCCCGGGAGUGUGUGAGAAAUGGGUGAAAUCAGUGGAGAGGAGCUAACAAAGUUAGAGAAGAUGCAAGUGAUGGGUGCUCGCGAGGAGAAGAUUCUUGUUUUGGUGAGGUUGAGGCCAUUGAGUGAGAAGGAGGUUGUGGCUAAUGAAGUAGCAGAUUGGGAAUGCAUCAACGACACCACAAUCCUGUACCGGAACAGCCUCAGGGAAGGGUCUUUGUUUCCAUCUGCCUAUACUUUUGACAGAGUAUUCCGUGGUGACUGCUCUACAAGGCAAGUGCAUGAGGAAGGCACCAAGCAAAUUGCUCUGUCAGUUGUUAGUGGCAUUAACUCUAGUAUUUUUGCAUAUGGGCAAACGAGCAGUGGAAAGACGUACACCAUGAACGGAAUCACUGAGCAGACUGUAGCUGAUAUAUUUGAUUACAUAAAUAAGCAUGAAGAAAGAGCUUUUGUGUUGAAAUUCUCUGCUAUUGAAAUCUACAAUGAAGCUAUUAGAGACCUCCUCAGCUCUGACAAUACUCCACUUAGGCUGCGUGAUGAUCCUGAGAGAGGUACUAUUGUGGAGAAAGUGAUGGAGGAGACUCUGAGGGAUUGGAACCAUUUUAAUGAUCUUGUAUCUAUCUGUGAAGCUCAGAGACAAAUUGGAGAGACAUCCCUUAAUGAGAGAAGCUCUAGAUCCCAUCAAAUUCUCAGAUUGACAGUUGAAAGUUCUGCUCGGGAAUUUUUAGGCAAGGAUAACUCAACCACUCUUGCUGCCAGUGUGAAUUUUGUAGAUUUGGCGGGUAGUGAACGUGCAUCUCAGUCAUUAUCUGCUGGGACAAGGUUGAAAGAAGGUUGCCACAUUAAUCGCAGUUUACUCACUCUUGGAACAGUUAUCCGUAAACUAAGCAAGGGGAGAAAUGGACAUAUAAACUACAGAGAUUCUAAGCUGACAAGAAUACUGCAGCCUGCCCUGGGUGGGAAUGCUAGAACAGCAAUAAUCUGCACUUUGAGCCCUGCAAGAAGCCACGUGGAGCAGACGAGGAACACACUGUUGUUCGCUUGUUGUGCGAAAGAAGUUACUACCAAAGCACAAGUCAAUGUGGUCAUGUCUGACAAGGCUCUGGUCAAGCAUCUGCAGAAAGAACUGGCGAGGUUGGAAAAUGAAUUGAGGUGUCCAGCCACUGCAUCAUCCAACUGUGACUAUGCAGCGUUACUUAGAAAGAAAGAUCUUCAGAUUGAAAAGAUGGGGAAGGAGAUUAGAGAGUUGACGAAGCAGAGGGAUCUAGCUCAAUCUCGUGUCGAAGAUUUGCUACGUUUAGUUGGAGAUGACAGAGAUACUAGAAAACCAGUGGUAAAUGGUAAUCAUCCUAACUGGCAAGCUGAAGAAACAUGGGAUGAUGAUUGUUCCGAGUUAGAGUCUUCACUCGUGGUGGAUUCUUAUGGGCAAAAUAUACGAAUGAAAAGGUUGAAUGGAACUUAUAGCAAUGGCGUCACAGAAGAAAAUUUCCUGUCUGAUGACUCUCGUUCACUACCGGAAGGCACCAGAGCAACAAAUGGAGAAGAAGAUCCUGAUGAAUACUGCAAGGAUGUGCGAUGCAUUGAAAUGGAAGAAUUAAUAGAGGACAAUACUAUGGAGUCAGGAGUAAAUGGAGGGGUAGCUUCUCAGAAUACAUCAGCAGAAUCAAAUGAAAAUGGAGACACUACUCAUACUCGAAAUCUUUCUAAUUACGGAGCUCUGGAGCAGAGACUGAACGAUGUGCAGAGGACCAUUGAUUCUUUGGUCGAUCAUCCCGAUGGACCAUCUUCCGAAAUCUCUGUAGCAGAAGAUGUAUCGAGUUCUACGAAUUUCAAAUUAAGCAGGAGCAGGAGCUGUAGGGAUAAUGCCUUGAACAGAUCUUCUCUGGGAUUUGAGGAGGGGGGUAAUAGUGAAGCAACCCCUCUUAAUGAGUUCCAGAAGGAUUUUCCUGGGAGACCAGAAGGAGUUAGAAGAUUUCUUCCCUUGAAUUACAGUGAAGGAGUUCCCAGGUUGUCGAGAAACGAUUCUCAAUCGUCUGUAGGAACUGCUUCCAUUGCUCCAAGCAUUGGCCCGAAUGGUGAUGAAGAUAUUACUAGCGUCCAGACCUUCGUUGCUGGAAUGAAGGAAAUGGCAAAUGACUAUGAAAAGCAACUUGCGGAGAAGGAUUCAGCGGGAAGGAAUGUGAAAGAUGUCGCAUUGGAUCCGAUGCAGGAAUCUGUGGGGGAUUCCACCGAUUGGCCCGUGGAAUUUGCGAGGCUGCAAAAAAGGAUUAUUGAACUAUGGCAAGCUUGUAAUGUGCCACUCAUCCAUAGAACCUAUUUCUUCCUGCUCUUCAGAGGCGAUCCUACUGAUUCCAUUUACAUGGAGGUUGAGCUUCGGAGGCUUACUUUUAUGAAGGAAAUGUUUGCGGACGGAGGUCAAGCCGUGGCAAAUGGUCGGACUAUCACACUUGCUUCAAGCUUGAAGGCUCUCCAACGGGAGAGAGAGAAACUCAGCAGGCUGAUGAGGAGAAGAUUCUCAGAAGAAGCAAGAGAGAGGCUCUUCGAGAAAUGGGGCAUUGGGUUGGGAACAAAGCGGAGGAGGCUUCAGCUAGCAAACCGCCUGUGGAGCGAAAUAGAGGACAUGGACCACGUAAUGGAGAGCGCCUCGAUCAUUGCAAAGCUGGUGAGGUUCACUGAGCAAGGGCAUGCUCUGAAGGGAAUGCUAGGGCUCAGUUUCAGCACUCCUCCCAGUAGGAGGAGAUCGUUUGGGUGGAAGAACAGCAUGGCUUCGCUUUUGUGAGAUUCUCUCUUAUUUAGGCAGAUUAUUACCCAGUAAAGAAGCAGAGGCUUAGGCGGAUUGUUGAAUCACUUGAGUUGCUUUGCAUUCUUUUUUUGUUUCCCCGGUUGGUUGAAACGGAUCGAUUGUUUGCGUUGUCGGCGGGAUUAUGUAAAUCCAGUCAGACUUCUCUUUAACAAGUGCCUUUUUUGUUGGUUCUUCCUUUCUUUUCGGUUUCUGCAUCUGUAAUCCAGCCCUAUUAUAGUCAUCAGUCUCAUGCCGCAGGAUCACAGCAUCACUGCAGUUUAUGUUUGUAAAACGUAUUGUGUUGUAUUGAUGGGUGAAGUCCUCUUAGAAGGGCGGAGACACCCAAAAGAAAAUGUCAUGAGAACAGAAUGUUAUCUCA